AUGAAAUUGGUCGAAGCAGCCUCAUUACUGGCACUCAUAACUCUCCCUCUAGCAGCCUUUGCGGACGUGGAGUUCAUAGAGCCUGGUGCCGGUUCAACUGUCAACAGUGGUGACAUGCUGACUGCCUAUUGGAAGGAUUCCGGAGAUUCGCCCAGUCUCGUCGAGUUUCAUGACUACGAUCUGUUCCUAUGUGCCGGGGGUCCUGAGAUUGAAUAUUCGGAGGACCUAGCACUGCUUGUACCAAAUGGUCUUUUUGACAGAGGGAAUUCCGUCUCUUUCCAGAUCCGACCUGACCUUGGGCCUGAAUACCCAGAUGCCUAUUUCCUCAAAAUGAUUUCCAGAGGUUCCAACAACGUAACAGUCGUCAACUAUUCCGAACGAUUCUCCGUGACUGGGAUGACCGGCACAUUUUCGGAACUGGUCCAAUAUGGAUUAUCUCUCACCGCAAACGAUACUGAAUCCCACCAGGACCUCAAACUGAGAAAAAGACAGGUCGUCGCGGCCAUAGCCCCGGCCAUAGUCCCGGCUAAAGACCUCUAUGACGUUCCGUACCCCGAACAAUCCAAGGGAUUAACCAAGUAUGCCCCCAUGGGCAAACGUCCAGCCACCACUAUCACGGCAAAGAGCGGUCCUCCUCAAUUUCCUACCAGUGCUUACAGUAUAGCUCGCACGUUCUUGCCGGUUCCCACAUGGCAGACUACCUUGACUGCUUCACGGACCUGGACCGAUUCUCUCAUUGAAAAUCCCGCAACCCCCGCACCGCACCCCAAGAAUGAUAUGCAAAAGUUCCUCAAGAGAUGGGCUGACGAUGAGUGA